AUGGAGUUGGGGGAGGGAGCGGCGCAGAUUUGUCGACUUUGCGGCCAGUGUGAAAGCAUAUACAUCGAUGUGUUCGGCGAAGAAGGCACUAAACGAUUUUUAGGUUUGAAGAUCCACGCGCGAAUCAACAUUCUGAUAAAAGAAAAUGAUGGACUGUCGCAGAUUGUUUGUAUGCGAUGUUUGGGCACGUUGGAAUUUCUGUGCGAUUUUUACGAGCGUUGUCAUCUCACCCAAAAGGAACUAUUGGAAGCUAGUCAAAAUGGAGCGGAAGAAAGAUUGCAGCAGGAAAACGACAUGGAAUCGGAUAAGGAAAACACCGUUCCCUCAGCAAACGAAACGAAACGAAAAGCGAACACUUUAUCACCUGACAGUUCAAAGAGUACAAAAAAUUGUCUGUCCGAAAAUAAUACGUCGUAUUGUAAAAGUGUCAAUCGAGUAAAUAAUGACCAUAUCGAUGAUGUGGAAUUCGUCACACAGACCAAGGUACAAUUGAACAAUUUAAUUUCCGAGAAACAAUCAUCUGUGAACAAUAGAACUUCGCACGAGAAAGUAUCGAGAAACGAUCAGAAUAAUGCUGGUAACUUGAAAUAUAGAAAAAUUUUAAUGGCGAAAAAAGUGGAUAUUUCACAAAAGACUGUCAUUCGCGCUAGGAGAUCAAUGAAUAACUUGAAUUCAUCGCAAAAAAAUGUAAUUAAAGACUGUACAAAUUCAAAGCUCCCCGUGCGUCGCAAGAGAGGUAGGAAAAGCAAAUUAGAGAAGAUGAGAGAGGCCAGUCUCGCAGCGAGCCUGAAACAAGAGACGCAGAAUGAUCUGGAUGAUAGAAAGAGCGAUAAUUUUAGUAAUGAAUGCAAGAGACAGUGUUUGCGUGCGAUUUGCACGAACAGUAAGUCUAAUAGCGUGACCAACAAUACUGUGAUUUCACCUAAACCGCAAGUGGAUCAAGUGAUAGCGAAGGAACAGGUGGUGGUGGGCGCGUCGACGAAUGAAGUUCGUGCCAAAGGCAACGAAACUGAUACUGUACACGAUGACGAUACAGUAACAAAUAAGUCAACAGAAACUGGAUCUGAUGGUAAAAAUACGAUAAAAUACAACGAUACUUCGAGGAAUGCAGAAGAUAAUUUUGCAAAGAGCAAGGCAAUAUCAGUUAUUGUAAAGCAAGAGAAAGGAGAGAAAGGGAAUUCCCGUAGGCAGAAUGGAAAAUCGAAUCAACUCGUUUGGAUUUCCAAUAAAAUGUUGACCCAGAAAGGUGAAAAUUUGAUGCAGAAUCAAAUAGAUCAAAAGAAGAUAGAUUUGUCAGAAACAACCGCUUUAUUGGUAGAGGAACGCAGAAAAAUUGAGAGCAAUGAAACUGGUUCAAUAAAAGACAAUAUGGUUAAGCAUUCUGACAUAGUAACUUCCUCUAAUUGUAAUGAUCUGAAAUCUAAAAUGCUUGAAAAAGAAAAUCGCAUGACUGUUAUAAGGUCUUCACAGUCUAAUGAAAUGACAAGUAAACAAGUAGUGCAGGAGGAUCUUGAGGAAUCAUGUAAUUCAAUAGAUACAAUGGAUGAAAGUACUAAAAGUAAUCUAGAAUGCAGUAUCAGUGAUAGUUCAUUGUCACGACGAUUUAGUCGAGACAGUAGCUUGGGUGGGAAUAGGAGUAAGGAUAGAUCCUUUGGUAAAAUCGCUGAAUUGAUUAGCGACGAACAGAAACAAACUAUUGAAACUUACUACACGGUGGACAUGUCGAUCGUUAAUUCAGAGGAAGUACAAAAAAACAUAACGAUAGUAGAUAAGAAGAAUAUACGCUGCAACAUUUGUGGUACUCUUUAUCUCAGGAUGGAUAAGUGUCAGGUACAUAUUUGGGGACACUUACAAAUGAAACCUUAUCAGUGCAAAGCAUGUGACUUCUCCACAGUGACUGUUACCAAUGUUCGUUGUCAUAUUAGAAAAAGUCACUUAAAGAUUAAACCAUUCACGUGCCAUCUUUGUGAAAAACGAUACGUGACUGCUGUUCUAUUAGAGGAACAUAUUAAUACUCAUACAGGCGCCCGUCCAUAUAAGUGUAAACUUUGUGAUUUUGCAAGCUCUAGUAGGCAACUACUGAGUUAUCACAAUACCACUCACAAACCAAUGAAGGAUAUUAAUUGUAAAAUUUGCGGAAAAGAGUUCUAUUCAAGGGGUAGACUGCGUGCCCACAUGGUCAUACAUAAUAAGGAUAAAGUUGUAAUGUGUAAAUUAUGCUCUGCUUACCUAUCUAAUGCAGAAGCGUUAGAAACGCAUCACAGAAAUAUUCACAUGCAAGAUUACGUUUGCAACAUAUGUGGCAAACAAGUCAAGUCGAGGAAAUCUCUGUAUAAUCACCAGAAUGUUCAUGCUGCUGCAAAAUAUAAAUGUACCCUAUGUCCAAAUAUGUAUAAAAGCAGUCAAAUAUUAAAAGAGCAUCUUCUGAAGCAUGAAGGUAUCAGAAAAUACAAGUGCAGUGUCUGUGAAAAAUCAUUUGGUCAACAGUCUCAUUUAGCUGCUCACAUGGCGGUGCAUAGUAAAAUUAGAUUUCAUUGUCCUGGAUGUGAUAAGCCAUUCAACCGGCACGACAACAUGAAGAUUCACACUAAACGAUGCAAAUUAUUUUUAGAAAACCCAGAUUUGAAAAAGCUUUUAACUAAAAGAGAAAUGACUAUAUCGUUCAGUAACAUAACAGAAUUAACUGAAAGUCUAAAAACCGGAGAUACGUCAAAUUCAGUGUCUGGUAAUGAAAGUUUGAAUGAAACAACGUCAAUAAAGAAUACGAAUGAUCAGGAGGUGGAGGCUGCAGUGAAUCUUUGCAAAUUGGGACUUAAUAUUUCUUGUAUUAAACCCACAGAUAAAACAUGGGAUCAUAACAAUCUGUAUGAAGAUACAGAAGAAGUCGAGACAUCUUCUGAGAUUAAUGUAAUUAAUAUUGCGAAAGUCAAUGAAAAAUUCAUUUCAGAAAACGAAAAUCGAACAGUUCUGGAAAACAUUUUAGGACCAGAAAGUUAUUAA